UGGCUCAUCAUGACCUGGAGAACACCCUGAACUGCAGCUUCAUUGAACCUCCUUCUGUGGUGGAUCAGCCGUCGCCCUCCUGGUCGUCCAGGGGCUCCUUCUCUUCCUUCGAUACCACAGACGAAGGACCCGUCUACUGUGUGCCCCACGAAGAGAGCGCGAGCGACCCUAAGGAGCGCGUCUCGGCCCCGAGCAGCACCCUGGAGAAAGCGCCGCAGCCGCUGCGCAAAGGGCCAGCGACGGAGACGGAGGAGGCCGGCGAGUACACCGUGCUGAAGGAGAACCCCCCGGGCCCGGCGGACAGCGGCGAGGCGCCCCUGCUCAAGUCCUCGGACAGCGAGCGCUCCUCCUGCGGCUCCGGCUCGGUCAGCGGCGCGCUCUACGCCCGCAUCGCGCGCCUCUCCAGGCAGUCCCGGGAGGAGGAGGAGGCCCCGGUGGCAGAGCCCCGGCCGGCCAAGCCCCCCUCCCCGGAGCGGGCCAAGCCGCCCCCGCCGGACCCCUCCACCAAGCCCAAAGUCUCCUGGAUCCACCACAAGUACAACGCGGCCCAGAGCAACACCCUGCCGGCCCCGGGUGCGGCCGAGCUGCAGGCGGAGCGCCGGCCCGGCCCCUCCAAGCGCAAGAGGAGCCCCGGUGAGGUGGCACGGGCCAAAGAGAGGGCCCCCCGCCCCCCCCAGGAGCCCGGCAGCCCCGAGGGCCCACCCGGCCCCGCUCAGGCCAGGCAGCGUAGCCGGACCGGACCAGAGCCCGCCGAGAACCUCAACGGUGCCCUGCACUCCGCGCUCAAGAGGAUGGGGGGGGCCGGUGUGGAGAGACGGCCAGCCGAGGCGCCCCGGAGCCCCGCGCAGCCCAAGGCACCACCCGGCUUCUCCGCCGAGGCCGCCACACUGCUGGCCGCGCAGCUAAAGGAAAAGACCCAGAGCCUCCAGCGGGGCGAGGCAGGCGCGCGGCCCAACGGCAUGAGCCCCCUCCCGGCCCAGCGGGAGAAGCCGGCGCCCCCACAGAAGGCCAGGCAGGCGGGCACCGCCCCAGGGCAGAAGGCCGGCAAGCCGCUGCUGCCCACCUCCGCCCCGCUGCAGAAACUGCUGGGGCCCGGCGACCCCCCUGCCGCCGAACCCAAGAGCGGGGAGAAGCCGGGCGGCAGCGGCGGUGGCAGCCCCGAGGCCAUCCCUGCGCCCGGAGACCCCGCCGUCAAGAAGACGCCCAUCAAGAAGCCGCCACGCAAGAAGGGCCGGGAGGGGCUCGCAGAGCCGCCCAAGGCAGCCGCCCCCCCUCCGCAGACUGUACAAUAG